CGCCCUCUUCUCUCUCUUCUCUCUCGUUUUGAGAGAAGGUAGCCAAACCCUAAAUCGCUCCUCCAAAUCUCUCAAAUUCAUCUACCCACUUAUCAUCACUCUCCCACCAAAUUACUCAUAGCAUACCUAAAAACGGAAUCCUAAGACUUUUGAAUCCUAGAAUUUGAAUUUCUUGAAAUUCUGAGAUCAUCAAGAAAUGGCUACAACUAGUGCUGUUUACAUUCAUGUAAUCGAAGAUGUUAUUAGUAAGGUUCGAGAUGAUUUCAUUCAAGCUGGUGCUGACGAAUCUAAUCUAACUCAACUUCAAGCGUUGUGGGAGAUGAAAAUGGUGCACUGUGGUGCGGUAUGUCCGACACAAAGGGAUUCUAUCCCUAAGCAGACCGUAGCUGGUGGUGGACCUCUUACUCACGAUUUGAAUGUACCAUAUGAAGGUACAGAAGAGUACGAAACGCCUACUACUGACUUGCUAUUUCCACCGACACCAUUGCAGACACCCUUACCUCAAACACCCUUGCCUCAAACACCUUUUCCUCAAACACCAUUAGCAGGGACGGUAGACAAUUCGAUGUAUCAAAAUGUUGCCACACCGAGUGAGCUUUCUGGUCUUGCUUCUGGUGCAGCAACUGAUUUGAAACCUGGAAGGCCUAGUCCAUACAUGCAACCUCCUUCCCCUUGGAUAAGCCAAAGACCUCUUGGUGUUGAUGUUAAUAUUGCUUAUGAGGAAGGGCGUAAUGAGGUUGACAGAUCAACUCCUAAUCAAAAUCAGAUACAGGAUUUCUUUGUGGCGUCUUCCGGCAAACGUAAAGGAGACGAGUUGCCGAAUCAAUUUCCCAAAAGGGGGUCCCUGCCACAGCAAGAUGGGCCUGGAGAUGCCACAUUUGAGGUAAGCUUUGGAAGCAGUUCAUUCAGCAGACAUAGUUUGGGUUCUUCAAUACUAGAUAAGGUGCUGGCAAAAGUCAUGGGGACUUCUCCUGGGAUUCCUCAGCAGGAUGGGCCAGCUGCUGAUAAUUAUGACAAUCUCUACCCCUAUCAGGGUGUUGCCACUGAAGACUAUAAUGCAGUGACUCCAGCUGGCCAUGAUGUACAAGCAGGUACCCCCAUUGUGGCUGGAAAAGAUGAUGAAGGGGAUGAUGACGACGACGAACCACCAUUGAAUGAGAAUGACGACGAUGAUGAUUUGGACGGUAUUGAUGAAGAAGGGGAAGAUCAAAACACGGCACAUUUGGUCUUAGCCCAGUUUGACAAGGUGACACGUACCAAAAGCCGAUGGAAGUGCCAGCUCAAGGAUGGAAUUAUGCACAUUAACAACAAGGAUAUACUCUUCACAAAGGCAAACGGAGAGUUUGAUUUUUAAAUUUUGGUUGCCUCGUGAAUUGAUUCAAACUACCUUCAUCACAUAAAACUGGGGUUUUUGUUGAAAGAUCAAUUUUAGGGAGGACUUGUGGAUGUUCUUUCUGUUUCUUUUCGCGGAAAACAUGCUUAGUGGAUAAUCUCAUGAUGGAUAUAUUUCUAAAUUGGUGGUUUGGUUGGAUGAGUAGAUGAAUGGUUGUACAUAACAAGAGAGUAACCUUUCCCGGCCACACACAUGGGGACCAACUGAUCCUGUUUUCCCUUCAAAUCUAUAAUUUUUUCGGAUAUUUUUAAGACUUGUUUUUGAUGAGUUUCAAGUCUCAAUUUGCUUGUUAAGGAAAAUUACUUUUGCAUUAUUAGAGGAGUUCAUUGUACAUGCGAAGUUCGAUAAAAUAGAUCACUUGAGUACAACUUAUUAGUGUGUUA